AUGGGUUUCAUAAAGAAGCUCUACGAAAAAUACACUGGUCGAGAGAAGUUAAGUGAACCAUGUGUUCUAGCUGGUCAUGUUUUCGAUCAAGAUAGUGAAGGUGAGUUAUUUCUUGAUUCAGUUUUGGCACGUUUCGAAAACUUUGAUCAAACAAAUGAAAUCCAUGGAAAUAAAGCAUUUUCCACUGAUGUCGAUUUCAUUAUUAAAUGUACGAUGACAAGUCUUUCGUCGCCUGAAGCGGUUAAAAAAUUUUCAAAUCGUAUCGAUUCAUAUUUAUAUAUGUAUCGUCGAAUCGAAGAAUAUUUAAUAAUAGUAAAACGAACAGCUUAUUUGACGUGGGCAAUUGAAGGCAAUGUUAAACAACUGAAAGAAAAAUUAUUCGAAUCAUUGUCUCAAGUAUUUAUGAUAAAUAAAGGUUUACAACCGAAUCUUUGUGCAAAAGAUAAAGGUUUAUUGAUAAAAAUAAAUAUGAUUCAACAUUUGAUGUCAAUAACAAAAAUCGAUAAACAAACAAUGAAUAUAUUCUUUGUCUUGAGUAAAUUAUCAUUUCAAUCAUCUAUUUUGAUAGAUGAUCAUGAUCAUCUACUAUGGAAACAUAUUAUAUCGAAUAUACAAAAUUUUGGACUUACUAUACAAGAAUUUAUUUCUAGUUACAUUGAUUAUGAAUUAGCAUUUCGAGAAUUUCCACUUGAUAUGUUGGGAUUUAUUGAACUUAUUUUUAAAAAUCAUCCAUUGAAACAUUCUCAAGAAUCGCCAUUUAGAAUUUUUCUACGACUUUGCAAAAUUUUGAAUUUAAAAACUGAAGAUUUUUUCGAACAAUACCGAGAAUUAUUCGAGAACGGUAUUAAACAGAAAUUUUAUAAAUUUGAACACGUUGGUGACUUAUUUAGUCUAAUCGGUCGUCAUGAUCGUAUCUUUGAUGUUUAUUUUACAAUUUAUGCUUCAAGUGUAGAUCUUGAUGAUUUAUGGACUAUGUUUUUUUACAUAUGCACAAACAGUGAAUUGAAUGAAAUUAUACAAAAACAUCUCAUUUCAAAAUUUACUAUUCGUACAAUGAAUACAUCAAUCGACAAUUUUCUGCGCUACGCAAUAUUAUCUAAACAAUGUAUAGCGAAAAUAAAAAAUGAAUAUCCUCCGCGUUUUCUAAGAGUAUUUGAAAGCAUAUUUGAUGCUUUUAUCAACAAACAAUUGACUGAAGAACGAUAUUCUCAUCGGUAUUCUGAAUCACAUUUAAAACAAUUCCUAAAUAUCGGUCUUGAAAUGUCAUUAACACAUGAUCUAAAGCAACCAUCUUGCUUACUCAUUAUUCGACGUCUACUAUUUCAAAAUGACACUCGAUUAACGAAUAUAGCUGAUAAAAUCAAAAGUCUGUUUAAUAAACUAAAUGAUUUCGAUCAAGAUUUAUGUGAGAAGAAUGAUCCUAUGUUCAUUAUUCAAGACGAAUGGUUACAAGACUAUCUUCUAAUUAUUCCCGAAGAUUUUGUGCGAUAUUUGAAUGAAAAUGUUUACUAUUAUCUAUGUAAUAAUCAUCAAAAUAAUCGUUGGACGAUUUAUAUUUGGAGAAGAUUAACACAUUUGAGUAUUCUCAAAUCAAAAGCUGAGACUACGAAUGAAAUGCUUUUUAAAUUAAAUGAAUGGAUGAACAUGGUCAAACAUAAUGUUUAUAAUAUUGAUGAUACUUUAACAAUCAUAUUGAUUAUCAAUCUAUUUGAGCUUAUUAUUGUUAAAUAUACAAAAUCUAUUUUAUCACUUCCGAAUAUUAAUAUUAUUAUCGAUUUUAUUUUACAUGCUCGACAAGAACAAUUACAUCAAAUGGAUACAAAACAAAUCGAUGAAUUUAUUCAAAAUGCUGAAAUAUCAAUUCAACAUAUCUUACUAUUACAAGGCAAGUUCUAUUUGAAUUAA